AUGGAGCUUGAUUUUGACAUACUGUUUUCAUUGCCAUUACGGUGUUUGAAAUUAAACGGUGGUUACCCAUUUUAUAAAAGAAACCUUAAAUGGUUCGUCAGAUGUUUUGGGGUGGAAGGGUUAUUUUCAUAUAUAUUUCUGGGUCUCAUCUACCAAAGCAUACAUUACGAUCUCAAGGACGGUGAUAUGUUAGCAGCCUGUGGUAAUGGUACCUUAAUGGUGAUGUAUCUAGUAAUUACUUUUAUGCUAGGUGUGUUAUUGAAACAUAAAUCAACUUUUUGUGAACUGAUAAACCUUAUGAAAGCAGACUAUGAAUAUGCUAAAACGAAGUUGUCUCCUGAUGACCAAAAAUUAGUACUGGAGUACGCUCUAAUGGCGCGGACCGUUUCAAUAUGGUGGGGUUAUCUAGUUUUUGUUGGGGCUCUAGCAUUUCCUGGACAAGCAAUAGCCCUUACGAUUUAUUAUAGCGUAAAGGAUACAUUUAGAGUGGUGGAUAUGUUUCCUUUGAGAUAUCCUGAACGAAUGGAGGAGUUCAUGGGUCCUGUAAUACAAAGCAUACUUACGAACUUCUUGAUUUUCUUUUUCGAGUUUUGCUCUUAUGCAGGAUAUGUAGGCAUAGUACCUCUUGGGCCGACUUUCAUGUUGCAUGUUUGCGGCAAAAUAGCACUAGUCGAAAGACGUGUCAAACUAUUAUUUUCUGAUAUUGAGUAUUCACCCUUAAACACAAAAAGAAAAUUGAGUGACAUUGUUCAGCAAAUACAAAAUAUUUACAGUUUUGUAGAAAAAAUCCAGACAGCUUUUGAAGUAUUUUACGAGUUUUCAUUAAAAGGAACCUCUCUUAUACUCCCGUUGAUGAUAUUUUUGAUUCUAGAGUCGCUCAAGCAAGCUCAUCUACCAGUGGAGUUUAUUACAAUUGCCUUCGGCGCCGUUGUUUUAAGCAGUAUUCCUUGUUAUUACAGCGAUAAGUUAUUGGAAAAAGGUGAAAGUCUAAGCGAGUCGAUAUACACAAGCGGUUGGGAGAAUCACUGGGACAAAGGUUCUCGGUCCACCCUUUUGAUUAUCCUGCUUCGCGCUACUCGCCCAGUUGUACUGAGAACUAUGUUUCGGAACAUAUGUUUGGAUGCUCUAACCGACGUUUUUCGUGAUGCGUAUUCCUUAUUUAACCUGCUGCAUGCCACUGUUUAA